AUGUUGCCAGUACAGGGACAAGCAGAGAUCAUCCACAAUGUUUGUGGGGCUUUGGAUAAGUAUGAAUCCAAGCUCAGUGAGAUAAAUCAGAAGAUCUGGUCGAAUCCUGAGCUGGCAUUCAAGGAGUACAACGCCCGCGACAAUAUCUGCGAAUUCUUCGAGUCGCUCGAUGCUGGAUACGAAGUUAAUAGAAAGGCCUAUGGCAUUGAGACAGCGCUCGAGGUGAUUUAUACUCGCGGUGAGGGCGGACGUAUCGUGGCUUUCAACGCAGAAUACGAUGCCCUUCCCGGCAUGGGACAUGCAUGUGGCCACAAUCUGAUCGCUACAAGUUCCAUCGCGGCCUUCCUGGCUACCUGUGAGGCAAUGGCUACUCUGUAUUCAGAUGGGCUUGGUUAUUCGGUUCGGCUGCUGGGCACUCCCGCCGAGGAGGGUGGCGGUGGAAAGCUCCUGCUCAUCGACGCGGGCGCAUACAAAGACGUGGACGCAUGCUUCAUGGUCCAUCCAUUCCCGGUACUUUCCGGCACCCCGGAUCUUAUCAGUUCCAGUUCAUGCACGGGGAUGUAUCUCGCAAACGACAAAGUUCAGGUGACAUUCACUGGCAAACCGGCGCAUGCGUCGGCUGCGCCGUGGGAGGGCGUCAAUGCCCUAGACGCUGUGGUGUCUGCGUACGUGAACAUUUCGAUGCUGCGACAGCAGAUAUUGCCUACGCAAAAGAUUCAUGGGGUUAUUUCGCGGGGUGGAGAGAGACCGAAUGUUAUUCCUGCCUCUACGACGGUUGAAUACUAUAUGCGAUCGGAGACUGUAAAGACAUUGAAACCAUUGACUGCGAAAGUCCUUAAAUGCUUUGAGGCUGCUGCGACUGCUACUGGCUGCACGGUGGAAUACGAAUGGGAAGCCGCGUAUAAGGAUAUGAAGAUCAAUAAGCCUAUCUGUGACAGCUACGUCUCUGCUAUGAACACUAUGGGCCACAAUACUAUCUUUGAUGCCGUAGGGCAGGUAGGAGGUCUUAGCGGAGGGUCGACCGAUAUGGGCAACGUCUCAUAUGAAGUACCUGGCUUCCACGGUGGAUUCUAUAUUCAUGCCGAUGGUGUGAACCACACCCCACAAUUUACUGCCGGGGCUGGAUCUGAGGAUGGGUUCAAGCGUAGUUUACACUGUGCCGCGGGGAUGGCCGUGGUGGCAUGCCGGGCAUUAGUCGAUGAAAGUUUCGCCAAUGCCAUAAAGUUGGACUUUAAGAAGGGCAUAUAA